UUGGGAUUCAACGCUGGCAAAAAAUAACACUACGAGAUUUUAGCUCUGUGUUAGUUCCUUAUAUAAAGAGAACACAUUGGCUGGGUCGUCUCAGUCGUUACUAGAAGUUUGCAGAAGUUCGCAAAGAGUUUGACAACCGACAACCAUGUGUGACGAAGAAGAAGUAGCACUUGUGGUGGACAAUGGCUCUGGUCUCUGCAAGGCCGGCUUCGCUGGUGACGACGCUCCCCGCUCUGUCUUUCCUUCCAUCGUCGGCCGCGCUCGUCACCAGGGUGUGAUGGUCGGUAUGGGUCAGAAGGACGCCUAUGUCGGUGAUGAGGCCCAGAGCAAGAGAGGUGUCCUGACUCUCAAGUACCCCAUCGAGCACGGCAUCAUCACCAACUGGGACGACAUGGAGAAGAUCUGGCAUCAUACAUUCUAUAAUGAGCUCCGUAUUGCCCCUGAAGAGUCUCCAACAUUGUUGACUGAGGCUCCUCUCAACCCUAAAGCCAACCGCGAGAAGAUGACACAGAUCAUGUUUGAAACUUUUGCUAUGCCGGCUAUGUAUGUGGCUAUUCAGGCCGUGAUGUCGCUAUACGCUUCUGGUCGUACCACUGGUCUUGUGUGUGACUCUGGUGAUGGUGUGACCCAUAUGGUUCCUGUGUACGAGGGUUACGCUCUUCCUCAUGCUAUCCUUCGUCUUGACCUUGCUGGUCGUGACCUGACUCAGUAUCUCAUGAAGAUCAUGACUGAGCGUGGUUACUCCUUCACCACCACAGCUGAGCGUGAGAUUGUCCGUGACAUCAAGGAGAAGCUUUGCUACAUCGCCCUUGACUUCGAGAAUGAAAUGAAUGUUGCUGCUGCUUCCAGUUCCCUUGAAAAGUCCUAUGAGCUUCCUGAUGGUCAAGUUAUUACUAUUGGCAACGAACGUUUCCGCUGCCCUGAGUCUCUAUUCCAGCCUUCCUUCCUGGGUAUGGAAUCUUUGGGUAUCCACGAGACGGUUUACAACUCCAUCAUGAGGUGCGACAUUGACAUCAGGAAGGAUCUGUUCGCCAACAACGUCAUGUCUGGUGGUACUACCAUGUACCCUGGUAUUGCUGACCGCAUGCAGAAGGAAAUCACUGCUCUGGCUCCCCCAACCAUCAAGAUCAAGAUCAUUGCUCCUCCCGAGCGUAAGUACUCCGUCUGGAUCGGUGGUUCCAUCCUGGCCUCACUGUCCACCUUCCAGACUAUGUGGAUCACUAAAUACGAAUACGACGAGUCCGGCCCCGGCAUCGUCCACCGCAAGUGCUUCUAAACUGUGCACUUGUUCUAUUAUAACUGUGAUACAAAUUAUGAUUAUGUUUGAAUAUUAAGCUUCUAAAACAAAAUAAUAUCAUGAACUAUAUUUCUUUCGUUUAAAAAUCCCUAAAUAUUUUUAUAUAUUCUUUAUAAGACAUGAUUUUCACCAUUGUUUUAUCAAUUUAUUAAGUAUGCAUGUGUUUUUUGCUACCUAAGCACACGUACUAUAAACGGAAUAAAAAUAAAUUAUUACUUAUA